CGGUAAAUAGCGGCCGGGAGUGCCCGCCUCGCGUUAAGAUGGCGGUUGGGGCGGCCGGGAUGGCUGGGCUGUGAGCGCUCGCCCCUCCUCUCCCCGCCACCCUCUAUGCUGUGGCUGCUGGCGCCGUGAGGGGGAAGAACCCCGGGGCGGGCUGCGCUGGUAUCGCCUGCGCAGGGAGCGCCGCCGCUCCGUCCCCCCUCGACCGCGCCAAGCCCUUCUCUCGCCGGCGGUGGCCGCGGCGCGGGUCUCCAUGUCGGACAACCAGAGCUGGCACUCGUCCGGCUCCGAGGAGGAUCCCGAGGCCGAGCUCGGGCAGCCCGUGGAGCUGUGCGGAGUGCUUAGCAAGUGGACCAACUACAUUCAUGGGUGGCAGGAUCGAUGGGUAACUCUGAAACGCAACACACUCAGUUAUUACAAGUCUGAAGAUGAAACAGAAUAUGGCUGCAGAGGCUCUAUCUGUCUGAGCAAGGCGGUGAUUACACCCCAUGACUUUGACGAAUGCAGAUUUGAUAUUAGCGUAAACGAUAGCGUUUGGUAUCUCCGAGCUCAGGACCCAGACCACAGACAGCAGUGGGUAGAUGCAAUAGAACAACACAAGACUGAAUCUGGCUAUGCAUCAGAGUCAAGUUUACGACGCCAUGGCUCCAUGGUGUCUCUUGUUUCUGGAGCAAGUGGAUACUCUGCAACAUCCACCUCUUCGUUUAAGAAGGGCCAUAGCUUACGUGAGAAGCUUGCAGAAAUGGAAACCUUUAGAGACAUCUUGUGUAGACAAGUUGAUACUUUGCAGAAAUAUUUUGAUGCCUGCGCAGAUGCAGUUUCCAAAGAUGAACUCCAGAGGGAUAAAGUGGUAGAAGAUGAUGAAGAUGAUUUCCCUGCAAUGCGUUCUGACGGGGAUUUUUUACAUAACAGUAACAGCAGUAAGGAAAAACUGUUUCCACAUGUGACACCCAAAGGAAUUAAUGGCAUAGACUUUAAAGGAGAAGCUAUAACUUUCAAGGCAACCACUGCUGGAAUCCUUGCUACACUAUCUCAUUGUAUUGAACUCAUGGUAAAACGUGAAGAAAGCUGGCAAAAAAGGCUAGAUAAGGAGAUAGAGAAGAGGAGAAGAACUGAAGAAGCAUACAAAAAUGCUGUGACUGAACUGAAGAAGAAGUCCCACUUUGGAGGGCCAGACUAUGAGGAGGGUCCUAAUAGUCUGAUUAAUGAAGAAGAAUUCUUCGAUGCUGUUGAAGCUGCUCUUGAUAGACAGGAUAAAAUGGAAGAACAGUCCCAAAGUGAAAAGGUCAGAUUACACUGGCCAACAUCCUUACCUUCAGGAGAUGCUUAUUCUGCUGUGGGAACUCAUCGAUUUGUCCAAAAGCCCUAUAGUCGCUCUUCCUCCAUGUCUUCCAUUGAUCUAGUCAGUGCCUCUGAUGAUGUUCACAGAUUCAGCGCCCAGGUGGAAGAGAUGGUACAAAAUCAUAUGACAUAUUCCUUACAAGAUGUGGGAGGAGAUGCCAAUUGGCAGCUAGUGGUAGAAGAAGGAGAAAUGAAGGUAUACAGAAGAGAGGUAGAAGAGAAUGGAAUUGUUUUAGAUCCUUUGAAAGCAACCCAUGCCGUUAAAGGGGUAACAGGACAUGAAGUUUGUCACUACUUCUGGAAUGUCGAUGUUCGUAAUGACUGGGAAACAACAAUUGAAAAUUUCCACGUUGUGGAGAAUUUAGCUGAUAAUGCAAUCAUCAUUUACCAGACACAUAAGAGGGUGUGGCCAGCUUCUCAAAGGGAUGUCCUGUAUUUGUCUGCGAUCAGAAAGAUACCAGCAUUCAAUGAAAAUGAUCCUGAAACAUGGAUUGUGUGCAAUUUCUCUGUGGAACAUGACAGUGCUCCUCUGAACAAUCGCUGUGUCCGUGCCAAAAUAAAUAUUGCUAUGAUUUGUCAGACUUUAGUAAGCCCACCAGAGGGGAACAAGGAAAUAAGCAGGGACAACAUCCUAUGCAAGAUUACAUAUGUAGCUAAUGUGAACCCAGGAGGAUGGGCACCAGCAUCUGUGUUACGGGCAGUGGCAAGAAGAGAAUAUCCAAAAUUUUUGAAACGUUUUACAUCAUAUGUGCAAGAGAAAACAGCAGGGAAGCCUAUUUUGUUCUAGUAUUAGCAGUGACCGGAACAAGACUGGGUGAGCAUUCCACGUUGGAGAAGUGAUCAUGCAUAGAGCACUCCAUGCUGGAACGAAGGAUCUACAGUCUUUUUAUGGCCCAAGUUCUAGGCUUUGUAUACUGAAGUGAAGAAGUGUUGUGACACCAUGAGGCUGAAUAUUUAACACUAGCGCUCUCUUGCUAACUUUUCUUGCUCAAUGAGUGUGUAAUUAUAAAUACAUGUAUUGAUAACAUUGUAUAUGGCUCUAUUUUUAUUUGCUUGCUUUAGAAGAGGAAGAACAUGUACAACUUUGAAUUACCAGCGCAGGUUACUGCUUUAAUUUUAAAUAGCUUGCAGAAUUUUCACUGUCAACCUUCCUAAGAUAGUUACAGUUUUUGUGCGUGUCUAAAAAGCACAAAAGACAAGUGCACAUAUAGCAUACUGUAUGUGCUUUAUACGCACAAAAAUCGAAGCGGUAUUUUAAGGGGUUGGAGAGGAACUUCAGUAAAGCCUAGGUGACUUAUUGGCAGGUUUUGUUUCGCAUUGUAUAAUCAUAUUUCAUUGCUGCUAGUUUCUAUAAUGAAUCAUCUUGUUACGUAAAAUGUCAGUAACUGAGGGCUGUCAAUAUCUUUAUGACUUUGCCUUUUCUAUUGUCUUACUCUUAUGAAGAUCUUUGAUUCUGAAGGAGUAAGAGUGUGAAAAGCUUUAUUUUUUUCCCAGAUAUCUUUAUAUUUCUAUUGUAUUUUUUAGUUAUGUAAUAUGUGCUACAGAAUUUUUGUUGUUAAACAUGAUCCAGAAAUAUCUAGGAAGAUUCUAUAUGAGAGGGCAAGAGACUGCCUGAAAGCGUGAAGUCAUCUGUCCAUGCUAUAGGUGAACUGCUUUCUCGCAUGAUAGCCAGGGCUUUACCGAAGCUGUGAGAAGAUACACUGUAAUAUUUACUGAAGUAGCUUGGACUAACUAGGUAAAACAAUGUUCCCAGUCUAGAAUGAGGAUGAGUACGUUAUUUUCAGAUCCUGCAUGUGUUUUUCUCAUCUUUAUAAAGCCAUGGUAGGAGAUUGGCAUAGCAAAUUAUUUGCCUCUUGAUCAAAAACCCAUCAGAGCUAUGAGGAUGUGUAGCUCUUAUUAAGGAAGUUCCCUUUAGUUGCUGUGAGAUUUUAAAUGUCAGAUAUUUACCUGCCUUUGAUUCUGGAGAUCCUCAUUAGGAGAGGACUGUGUCAGACUGGUACUGACUUAGAGAUCUUUUAUCUUUUAGCUUCAGAUGUUUGGGUUGUUGUUUGGGUUUUUUUCCAAAAGAAAGCUGAAAGUGUUAUUUGAGCUAGUAUGGUAGGUGUCUGAAAAUAAAGAGCAUCUAGUAAGUUAGUGCAGAUUUGGUAAAUGAUUAAAUGUGAUCUGCACAGUGUUGAAAAACUUUUUGUUCAUUUUUGUAGAGGUGAAAUCGUACAUAACACACGAUUACACAUGCAUGCAGAUUUCAUACUCCAGAACUCUUCCCUUUUUAUUUGCCUUCCUUUAAUGGUGUGCAUGGAAUAUGCCUUAUUACAGAGUUAUUCUGUCAAUUUGAAUAUGUAGAAAAGUGCCUAUAUGGUAACGCUAGUAAGGCAAAUAAGAUGAAAACUUAUACAUGUUUACUAUAUCACCAGUGAGCAUUUUAUAUAUCGAUGUUAAAAAAAGAAAUCUUAUACCUCAAAUGUACUUCAUCUUUUUACAAUCAACCAAGAAAUGGUUCAUUCCACCAUAGCCACUGAUGGGAACUUUUAAAACAAAAUCCAAAACAUGAAGAAUUUAAAUCCUUGCUUGUCGUUUCUGGUAAUUGCUGGAACACAAGAGAGUUUAUUCAUUCAAUUGGUUAGCUUUAUUUUACAAAGGAAUGGAAGUUUACAAAGCAGUAUAAAAACUUAUAUCAUUAGUUGCAUUUGCACUAAAUGUGAUGUACUUUUGCAAUUUAUUCUGUAAAUAAAAUUACACUACAGAUACUAUUUGUAAAGAAUAUGUUUUACUUUUAGUUAAAGGCAGUGGUACUUCACUACAGCUAGUCCUGCCUAAUCAGAGUUGUAAGAGGCUGCUGAAGAAUAAGGAAGGAAUUGCAAGACUGAGAAAUUGGUAUUAAUUGACCUCUUUAAAAUUAACUUUCAAAAGGCAGUUCUCUAUAGGCCUCUCAGAUUGUCUGUGUGCACGUAGGCAUUAGAUCCUUUCUCCUGGAAGGGAUCUUGCUUUUAUAGUUUUAUAAAAUCUGCUCUGUCUCUUGAGCCCGUCCCUCUCUUCAGUCACUGCCACAUGUCUGUGUGCUACAAGUUCACUUCUUCCUGUUAAUGGAUUGGUGGCAUUUAUACUGCUGUGGUGGCCUUUGCAGAAGCAGGUCCUGACUCUAGAAGGGAUGUUUUUAUAAGCUGAAACAACUUGAAGGGCUGAAAAUGCAGCAGUCUUCUCCAUUAGAUACCGUUUUCUGGAUAUCUAUUUCUGUUUGGAGAAUUUGAAUGUUGCCAAACUGGAUCUGAAAGAAAUCACUUACUUUGUAUUGAUAAUGGGGAUAAGAUAGUCAUUGUUACUCUGUCUGAGAACCUCAACCUGAAUAUACUUUUUUUGCCUAAUUUGUCUGUGAAAAAUGUGAUGCACUUUGGGGGAACAAAAUUACCUUUUACUUAAUUGGGCUGAGCUGGCUUAUCUGAAGUUGUGCAGAUUCUUUAAACUAAUCAAAUUGUCCUCCUGUAUUUUUGUCAAGUUGUACAGAUAACGCUGUAUUUGAAUUGCCACUGCAGACUUAAAACAUGAAUCAUAUUUUUGAGUACUUGAGUGUGUAGAGUGUAACUGUUCUAUAAUAGCUUUAUGAUCCUAAUGGUAAGUUUUAAAAAUUAAAAGAAGUUGGCUCUUCCAUGUUACAAUCACAAAUUUAAAACCAGUAU